ACACAGGAACCUUAACGUUACACCAACGGAUAAAGUUUAGCUCCCUAACGUUAACGUUAGACUCUUUAACGUUAAUUUGAGCUUCCCUGUUUCGAAAACGUUACAAGUUAUAUACAAUAUAGCAAAAACAUAGCCCCGAAACGAUUUGAGUUUAUGUUUAUCAGCACAACCAGGCACUUUAACUGAUGUUUCAUUUAACUUUACUAGCUAACGUUAGCAGAUUGACGUUAGGACUGUUUCACUGUCUGGCACGCGCUGACAUGAUGCUACGUUAAGGUUCCCUGGCCAAUCGAACCUCCUGGUUUCAAACACCAGUCAUUACUAUGCAAAAAUCCAGUUAUUUACCCUAUGUCCGAUGCCAACGAAGCUGGUAUCUUUUUGCUUGUGGUCGUUUGUUGUUCCUCGUCAAACACGCUGAACAAACCGUCUCCAAAGGCGUCUGCCAUGAUUGUUAGGGGCACACUUCCCACAAUACAACACGAGGUUGCUCCUGGGUAAUACUUCCGGUACGGCAGCUGUGUUGUCCAAAUGUUAGCCAACUCGACGUGAAUACGGAGAGAAAUUCACAUUAUCAUUAUAUUUCGCUCUCUGUUCGUAACCACCGUAUUUUAAGGACUUUGCUGAUGACGUGGCAGCACAUAGCUACGUAGACGAGCCGCGGACAGGCGGCGUUUUGGUGACAUAAUGGGUGGAAAGAAGAAGAAAUCGGCGGUGCAAGCGGUUACUCCGGUAGCCCCGGCAGGAGCAGCGGGCAGGACUGGUGCCGCUGCAGUGGGGAACGGCGUGGCGGAGGAGGCGAAGAAGCAGCCAGCCAGCAACAAGCUGACUAAACCAGCCAAAGAGAACAAGUCAAAAGCUCCAAAGACCUACAGUCUUGCCAACACCGCCCAGGUUGACACAGGUGGAGGCUCGGACAAGUCGAUUCUUAAAGUUGCUAUCCAAGCUGACCUAGAAAAGAAGAUCAUCAAGCUGAUCAAUGACUUCAGAGAGGAGAAUGGGGACAAAGGGCCCAUAUCAGGCAGACUUACGAACAAGAAGUUGCUGGACCUGUACACGGCUCUGGAGAAGUUCAGCUUUAAGAGAGAACACAUUGAGGAGGCAAUGAAGAGUAGUGUGCUGUACGGAGGAGAUCUCCACUCUGCUCUCGACUGGCUCUGCCUCAACCUUAAAGAUGAUGAGUUGCCGGAAGGUUUUACCCAGCAGAUGCAGGAGGAGAGUCAGAAGAGCAGGCCCAAGUUCCAGCCUCCUGCUCAGCAGAAAUCUGCAGCCCCAAGCCCCAAAGCACCCAACAACACCCGGAGGGAGACCAUGAAGGCCACAGAGAAGGAUGAAGCUGCGAGCAUGAAGGAUUGGAUCUUAAGGUACGCAGAGCAGAGCAGUGACGAGGAGGAAGAGGAGGAGGAAGGAGGGAAGAAGACUGCACGCAAUCCUGAACUGGACAUAAAGUUCGAUCCAAAUGACAGGUAUUUGGUCCUUACUGCUCAACUUUAUGACACAAAAGAAAUGGCAGCUGCUACCAAGACAAAAGGAGACAAGGCAGGCCAGAGGAUGGCACAGGACAGGAUACGCAUCAUACAGCAAGAAAUGAAGCAGCUGGAGUCCCACCCCAUGUUUAAUCCAGCUAUAAAAGUAGUAGACGUGCCUCAAAAGGAAAAGAAAAUAGUUGUCCUUGAAGACAAAGAGGACCUCAGCUUCAGUUUAUUUGAAAAAGCUGAAAAAGCCCCUCCUGCGGAGAAAGUUGUGAAAAAGAACGAGCCAAAGGACAUUCGCAAUUUUGACUACACAGCUCGCAGCUGGACAGGAAAGUCCCCCAAACAAUUCCUCAUCGACUGGGUCCGAAAGAACCUGCCCAAGAGUCCAGCGCCGACUUUUCACAAGGUUGCUGCUGGUAGAUACUGGAGAUGCAAGGUGCGUGUUCAGAGGGCUGAGGAUGCUCUUGAAGUUUGUCCAACAAUCCUGACUGAGGACAGCAUGCAGGCUCAACAUCUAGCAGCCACACUGGCACUCUACAAUCUGGUUAAAGGACAGUCAGUGCACCAGCUUCUUCCUCCAACCUACAGAAAUGUGUGGCUGGAGUGGAGAGACAGCGAGCUGCAGCAACAGGAAGAGAGCCGCACUGCUGCCAACAAACCUCGAGACCAGUUCAUCUCCCGGCUUCUGACCAGACUCAAACAGCAGCAGAACCAGAACCAAGCGCAGGAAUAUGGAUCCCAAGACAAGCUGGGGCUGGGCAGGGCUGGGGAUGAAGAGCCUGAAGAGUCCUGGGAGAACCUGGCUGGCCUUGACAUUGAGGAGGGAAGAGAAGAGGUGGACGACAAGAGUGAGAAAAGAGGAGGGAUGAAGGAAGGGGCUGGAGCACUUGAUGAGUCCAGAGAGCUCUUAAAAAAGAUGAAGAAGUCCCCACUGGCCCACAGAUUGCAGGCAGAGCGAGAGCAGCUUCCUGUCUUUCAACACCGGCAUCGGGUCCUGGAGGCUCUGCAGCGCCACCCGGUGGUGGUGGUGGCCGGUGAGACAGGCAGCGGGAAGAGUACCCAGAUUCCUCAGUUCCUCUUGGAGGAGCUGUUAACAGGAGGCAAAGCAGCAAAGCCCUGCAACAUAGUGGUGACCCAGCCCCGCAGGAUCUCUGCUAUGAGCCUGGCCUGCAGGGUAAGCCAGGAGCUUGGCUGCGAGGAUGGGCCGGGAUCAAAGUCGUCAUUGUGUGGAUACCAGAUCAGGAUGGAGAAUCAGUCUGGGGAGUGGACCCGCCUACUGUACUGUACUACUGGAGUUCUGCUCAGGAAACUACAGCAUGACAGACACCUCAGCUCCCUGACACACAUCAUCGUAGACGAGGUCCAUGAGCGCAGUGUCCAGUCGGACUUCCUGUUAACCAUCCUGAAAGAUGUUGUUAUGAGGAGAUCAGACCUGCGUCUGAUCCUUAUGAGCGCCACAGUGGACUGUGGCAAGUUCUCCAACUACUUCAACCGCUGCCCGGUGAUCACCAUCCCCGGCAGGACUUUCCCAGUAGAGGUGUCCCACUUAGAAGACAUAGUGGAGCAGACUGGGUACAUCCUGGAGAAGGACUCGGAGUACUGCCAAAAAAUUCUUGAAGAAGAAGAGGAAGUUAGCAUCUCUGUCACACAAAAAGGUGGCAAGACAAUUCAGCACCAGGAGGUGAUACUGAGGGACUCUUCUGGCUGGGACCUGGGUCCAGAUCUUGACCACUUCAGCAGUAGGACUCGGCAGGUGCUGCAGUACAUGAACCCUAAUAAGAUCAACAUGGACUUACUGGUUGACCUCAUCGACUACCUGGACAAAUCCCCACAAUUUGUUGAGGUGGAAGGAGCCGUUCUCGUGUUCCUCCCCGGUCUGGCUCACAUCCAGCAGCUCCAUGACCUGCUCUCCUCAGACAAAAGGUUCAGGGACAAAAACAGGUACAGGGUCGUUGCUCUCCACUCAACUCUCUCAUCAAAGGACCAAGCCGCUGCCUUUACAGUUCCACCUGCUGGAGUUAGAAAGAUCGUCUUGUCAACUAACAUUGCUGAGACAGGUGUGACUAUUCCUGACGUCGUGUUUGUCAUCGACACUGGCAAGACUAAAGAAAAUAAGUACCACGAGAGCAGCCAGAUGAGUUCUUUGGUGGAAACUUUUGUUUCCAAAGCCAGCGCCCUCCAGAGGCAGGGGAGAGCAGGACGUGUCCGAAACGGCUUCUGCUUCAGACUGUACCCAAAGUACAGGUUUGACUCCUUCAUGGAUUACUCCAUUCCAGAGAUAUUACGGGUCCCACUGGAGGAGCUCUGCCUUCACAUUAUGAAAUGUCAGUACGGCUCCCCGGAGGACUUUCUGAGCCGGGCCCUGGAUCCUCCUCUGCCCCAGUCUGUCAGUAACGCUGUCAGCUUGCUGAGGAAGAUCGGUGCAUGUCACCCCAGCAAUCAUCUCCUCACCCCUCUGGGACAACACCUGGCAAGUCUGCCCGUCAACGUGAAGAUUGGCAAGAUGCUCAUCUAUGGAGCCAUCCUCGGCUGCCUGGAGCCCAUAGCCACCAUUGCGGCAGCCAUCACAGAGAAGUCCCCGUUCUCCACACCAAUGAAUAGAAAAGAGGAAGCCAACCUGGCCAAAGCCGCCCUGGCUCUAGCCAACUCAGAUCACCUGACGAUAUACAAUGCAUAUUUGGGGUGGAAGAAAUCACAGACUGAAGGACCGAGAACAGAAAUGGCCUACUGUAGGAAACACUUCCUUAAUCGUACAGCUCUCAUUACAAUAGAGGAUGUGAAGCACGAGCUGAUGAGGAUGAUGGAGCAGGCAGGUUUCUGGUCGUCUCGCUCCUCCUCUUCUCACUCCAAGCAGCAGCAGGCGGCGUCGCUGUCCAAGCAGCAAAUCUCCGUCCUGAACGCCGUGCUGACAGCGGGGCUCUACGACAGCGUGGCCCGGGUCUUGUGCACCCCCUCUGUGGAUGUGCUUGAGCGAGUGGCGUGCAUAGUGGAGACUCCCCAAGGCAAGGCUCAGGUCCACCCCUCAUCUGUUAACCGCAACCUGCAGACACACGGCUGGCUGCUGUACCAGGAGAAGGUGAAGUACACCAAGAUCUACCUGCGAGACACUACUCUGAUACCUCCGUUCCCCAUGCUGCUGUUCGGAGGUGACAUUGAUAUUCAGCACAGAGAAAGGCUCAUCACACUAGACGGAUGGAUCCACUUCCAGGCUCCUGUACGGAUUGGUGUGAUCUUCAAACACCUGAGGAAACUUAUGGACUCUUUGCUUGAAAAGAAGCUGGAGAACCCUAGGAUGAAUCUGGAAGGUGAGAGGACCAUCCAGAUGAUUCUGGAUUUGAUCAAAUCAGAGCACGCUGUGUGAUAUCGGACCACCACUGACAAAUGUCCAUACCAGUACCUUUUCAGACACUAUGCACUGGUCCUGGGGACAAAGUGCUUCCUAUUUGCUCUGGGAUUCAGGAUGAACGCCUGCAGGCAAAACAGCACCCAGCAGACAGAUGGAGGCAACUCAAACACAAACUGAUGGUUACUACAGUAGGAACUCUUACUCACAUUGAGGAGAACUGCAUCAUGUGAAAUAUACGCUGGAAUUUUAGAUGAAAAUACUUGCCAAAAGAAGGUGGAAAUAAAGCUGUACACAUUUUUA